AUGGUGCCUCCGCCGAAGAGUUCUGGUUUGACUGGUGGUGCCGCCGAUGACAAGGAGUUGCUACAAACCUAUCAGACCUGGAAAGGCAACAAUAUGAAAAUCAAGAACAAGAAUUGCCAAAACUAUAUGACAGUUAAAAGGCGAUUAUUUGAUCUUUCAUGUGAGCUGAUGUGGUGUGGGCUUCCUUCUGGUACCUUUACCCUUUCAAAUCUUGGAAUGUUUGGUGUAGAUCACUUUGAUGCCAUUUUACUGCCAGGAACUGUAAGUACCUUUACCCUUUCAAAUCUUGGAAUGUUUGGUGUAGAUCACUUUGAUGCCAUUUUACUGCCAGGAACUGUAAGUGCAAUCAUGGCUGUUGGAGCAUCUCAGCCCUCUGUAGUUGCUACAAAGGACGGUCGGAUUGGCAUGAGAAGUCAGAUGCAGGUUAAUCUCUUGUUUAUUUCCACUAUUAAUCAUCGUGUCAUAUACGGUUCCGAUCUAGCUUCAUUCUUGCAAUCUCUAGCUCAGUUAAUCGAGGACCCUAAAGAUCUUACCCUUUAG